AUGCCCUCCAAAGUUCCGAGACCGUACCAUCGCAACUACACGUGGGACUCCAUCGUGUUCGGGGAUGGCGGACAAUUCGAAGGGAUGGUCACGAAAGAGGGCCAGAUAGACAAGCUCGGGUGCUUCGUCUUCGCAGACGGCGACCGAUACGACGGCGGCUUCCGCCGCGGCGCGAUGCACGGCCACGGCGUCUACUACUGGAAAAACGACGGCAGCACCUACUUCGGCGAGUGGGACGACAACGCGCAGCAAGGGUGCGGCGUGAAGUUUUACGGCAACGGCGCCAUCGAGUGGGGCGAAUGGAAGGACGACCAGUUCCUCGGGUCCUUCACCGGCGUCUGCGGAGAGACGCAGUCGUACGGCAGCAUGAACAACGCGCUCGACGUCGCGCAACGAGCGAGGAUGUUCAAGUACAAGCCCGACAGCGAGGUCACGAUGCAACUCCGCGCGUUCACGCCGUAUCAAGACCCGGUGGUGUACCAGGAGGGCACGGAGUGGCAAAUGCCGGGGUGGAGAGGGGAGCUGUACGAGGCUCCGAGCUACGAGGACCUCAAGGAGCAGCACCCGCGUCUGCUCUCGCAGAUGCAACGGCACAACGAGAUCUGGGAGCGGUCUUGGAGGUACUACAACAUGGACUACGAGGGCGAGAUGGCGGCGCGCGAGGCGAGAGGGAUCGACCCAGAUUCGUUGUCGAACGCCGAAAAGAGAGGCGACGACGAGGAGGACCCGGAGAAGCUCGCCGCGGAGGCGAGAGCCGCCAUCGAGUUGAAGAUGCGUCAGGCGGAGGAGGAGGACGAUUACGACGAGUACGCGUCCGCGGAUUCGAAGCCGAAGAAGGGCGGUAAAGAUAAGAAGGGCAAAGGGAAGAAGAAGGGGAAGGGCGGCGGGAGCGCCGCGGCGUCUCUGACGCUGUCGCUUCGGAACGCGGGGACCGCCGUCGAGCGCGCGUUCGCGGCGGCGUCGAGGUUGGCGUCGCGUCGGCCGGAGAUCGCCGCGUUCGCCGAGCGGCGGCGAGCGCGCGCGGAGCGCCGCCGCGCGGAGGAGGCGCACGAGACGCGGCGGAAGGUUGGGCCGUUCGCGUCGUUGUCGAUGUCCCUGCCGUUCGCGCGGUGAUGCGCGACGACGAUUCGAUCGAUUCCGUCGAGUAUCGCGGGGGUUUGGUUUGUCGGGUCGCGCGAAGGAAGGUGUUUUAAGCGACGCGCGCUCGGCGGAGUCCGUCCGUCACAAAACUACU